AUGUGCAUCCCUGGGGGUUGUAGAGAGAGGAAGUAGGAAUCCAAGGGUGAAAGCUGAGAAACUGGUCCCAGGGCCAGCAGGGGCUGAAGAGGGAGGCUGCUGAACUGGCCUGGGGCGACUGCCCUAGAGGGAGCAGCAUCCUUUCUCUUGCCCUUUGUGGGGGUUCCUGGAGACCCUUGGACCCAUAGCCAGGGCUACAGCUGCCUGCCAUGACCAGACACUCACAUACAGACACAUGUAAACACCCAGACAUAAACACACAGAAGCAACACCCGCAGAUACGCUCACAUAGACACACAGACACACCACACACACAUAAAGACCCAGACCCACAGAGACAAACACAGACACCCGGGCCAUCCGUUACAUAGACACAGAUACAGAGCACACAUAGGCACGCACAGAGCCGCCCGCCACGGAGGCACCCAGACAACACACACAGGUGUACACAGACCCCCCUCCACACAAACACAGACACGCAGAGACCCACAGACACAUAAACACCCUGACACAGACACAGACAACGCGCACAGACACAUGCUGACCUCCGCCUUCCCCCACACGGACACGGUCAUAGACACAGACACAGGGGACUUUGGAGAGCUUAAGUUCAGAGGUGCCCUUAGGUCAUCCCAGUCCUUCUGACCCCAACACAACAUGUAGCACGUACUUGGUCCACCCUUCUUCACCUCUUCAACUUAUGGACCUGCAGAGGGGCAGCAGGGCCCUGUGUGGGUAUGUGCGGGUGUGCAGAUGAGUGUGUGUGUAUGUGUGUGUUAAGCAGUGGCCUUUGUCCCCCUGUCUCCCUCCCCCUUCCCAACAGGUGAUUGGGAGGAAUGGAGAUCCCUCCUCCCCUACCCAUUCCUGAGCCUGAACAAUGCCCUCCCCAGGCCCCAAAAUAGCCCCUGAGCCUAGCCAUAUCCUUUUAUGGCCCUGUCCCUAUUGUGCACUGCAGGGGUGGGGCUGGGGUCAGGAGGUAUCCCGGCAGGAUAAAGGCCUGGGCAAGGCGGCUCACCUACCCUGCUUUCUGCAUUCUUCUCUCCACAUCCCUGUCUGUACUUACAGCCCCCAAUGGCCCCCAAAAAGCCAGAGCCCAAGAAGGAUGAUGCCAAGGCAGCCCCCAAGGCAGCUCCAGCUCCCGCACCUCCCCCUGAGCCUGAGCGCCCUAAGGAGGUCGAGUUUGAUGCUUCCAAGAUCAAGAUCGAGUUCACACCUGAGCAGAUUGAAGAGUUCAAGGAAGCCUUCAUGCUGUUCGACCGCACACCCAAGUGUGAGAUGAAGAUCACCUAUGGGCAGUGUGGGGAUGUCCUGCGGGCGCUGGGCCAGAACCCCACACAGGCGGAAGUGCUCCGUGUCCUGGGGAAGCCAAGACAGGAAGAGCUCAAUACCAAGAUGAUGGACUUUGAAACUUUCCUGCCCAUGCUCCAGCACAUUUCCAAGAACAAGGACACAGGCACCUAUGAGGACUUCGUGGAGGGGCUGCGGGUCUUCGACAAGGAGGGCAAUGGCACUGUCAUGGGUGCUGAGCUUCGCCACGUGCUGGCCACGCUGGGUGAGAGGCUGACAGAAGACGAAGUGGAGAAGUUGAUGGCUGGGCAAGAGGACUCCAAUGGCUGCAUCAACUAUGAAGCAUUCGUGAAGCACAUCAUGUCCAGCUAAGCCUUGUGCCCAGGUAGGCACCCACUCUCUCCUGAGCCCGCUGCUGCCACCUGCCCACACUCCACCGGCUGCAGUGCUCACUUGACAUCCUGCUGCCUCCGUCUCCCUCCUCCUCUGUAAUCUGCACUGCCUUUGCUCUCAGGAAGCCCAGGGAAGGCUGUGCAGGGACGUCUCAUCUCCCAUGUGUGAUGCUGACACCAGCGGCCUGGAGUCGUGGGAAGGAGGGGAGCCUUAUCAAGACUCCUGCAAAAACCCUCGGACCUCUCCGCGUGGUUGCCAUCUCUGGCCCCUCUCAGGCUGUGCUUACCUAUGACGGCAGCUCUGUCCCCACCCCAUGGGCCUCAUGAAUAAAUGGCUUCUUGCCGGCCUUCCUUUCUGA